UUUGAGAUCAGUGGGUAUAACGCAGUGAGAAAACGAGGCUGGCGGGGAAAUCCAAUCCAACUAAACUGUAACACCAAAAUCCCGCGCAACGGUGCCUCCUACAACGGCCUACUGGAGUACUACCAUAGAUGCAAAUUGAAAUGAUUAGCAAAGGUCUCCGCACUCCAACCGUCGAACAGUUCAGUUGAAAACCGUUUUGGUAUUGAGAACAAUUUAACUCGUCAUAGUGGUGCUUAUGUUUUCUUUUAUGCACACUUAUGGACAGGCUAAAGUUACAGCAAGCGAUAUGAUGAGGGAUGGAGUGCGAAGAAAAUAACACUUUGCCGAAUGAAGAAUUUCCCAUCCACCAGUUGACGAAGAAAGAAGAGGCAUCCCUUGAUAUGAUGGGCAAUCUGUUUGAGAAACUGGCAGCCAAUGUUAUUUUAAGGGAUUAUAUGGCUACUAGCAAACUGUCUGAUUCUGAUCAUGAAAAUGAUGGUGAUGUUGAGGAUGCUAUCAACAACGAUGAUGAUGAAGAUUUUGAAAACAACAAUGACGAAGAUAGUGAGACGCAAAGUGAUGGAGAAGAUAUUUUUGACGAAGAUGAAGAUCUUGGAUCGCACAGAAAGUUUUGUGCAACUGAUGUUGAUUGUAAUGGGUUGACUUUGGACCAUUCCUUGUCAACUCGAAAAGUGAACCAGUCAUUAUAUAAGAUGAAGACAGAAAUACCGGAUGUGAUAAUAAUUUCAAGCGAUGAUGAGUCGAGCACAUCCAGUGAUCAGAGUGAGAUUCAUGAAUUUAAAAAAAAGCUCAACAGAAUUGUUUCAAAUGGUACAGAACCUUAUGAACUUGGCUUUGCUAAAGAGCCUUAUGAUGGAAAAAGCCAAGCCAAUUUUGUUGAGGUCUUCGACUCCCCCAUUAAAUUAGAGAUAAAGAAUGCAGAUAAAGAGACAUUGAAAGUAUCCAUUCCACCACCAAGCAACCAGGGAAAAAUCCAGUCGUGUCCUUCGCCAUUCCCAAAAAGACCAGCAACAGAGAAUCAUUCUGAUGUAAGCGCAAAAAGGUUUUGUGCUGUUUCACCGAAACUGGACCUCAGCGAUUCCCCCAUAGCCAGGGCUUUUUAUGCCCAAAGAAGCAAAACAUUCGAAGAGGAUUACUCUGUAAGGAUUGGCGUGAGUGCCCCUUUGAAAGUUAGCUUGAAUAUGCCGAGAAGCAGCUCCUUGCAGCCGAAAUUCUUCAGCAAUAAUCAACUGGAUUUUCUUGAAAGCCUUGCUGACGAUUCGAUAGUCGACAAAGCUUACUUAGACACUGUGCUGUCCUUCUCCUCAAGUACUGUUGCUCCGCCACAGCAAGUUAUCCAGCAUAUUUUAUCGAAUAUUGCCGUCAGUAAGAAUGAGAGGAUAUCGCGGAAAGCCAUCACUAUCCUGAACCACCUUUUUUCGAUCAGAAUACUGAGUAAUCGAAACUUCCCUUUAACUUGGGAUUUUAUGUGUGAUUUGUUUGAUAGGCUUGUUAGCGAAGCUAAAAUCUUCACUGACAGCCUUCGGUCUGGCAACCUUUCAAACAAGCCUCUAUAUGCUAAUUGUUCUCAAAUGUUUCUCCAUAUCCUUAAUUUGCUGGAGCAAGACUUCAAAAGGUUUGCUAAGAAUAUUAGAAAUACUAUCGUUUGGAAACUCGUGUCUCCCAAUGUGUACGGAAGUGCUCGCUUGCGAACCGUGAGCCAGUGGUUUACUGCCAUGUUCAGUAUCAUUGAAGAAAUGGACGGAGUCAGUGUUGAAAGUAGAACAAGACUCUUCUCUUCUCUGUAUGUCACAAAAGCCUUGCAGCGAUUGGUCAGUCUUAUAUUUCUGUCCAAUAGGAAUCCUGAAGACUUUUCUCAGCCAAUUGCAGAAAUGUACUUAAACUGCUUCUUCGAAAUCCGACUCAUAAAGCUGCGGAAAGAGCUAUUGCAAUCUAUAGAGAACGCAAUGGUACAAAGAAAGGCCGUGGAAUUGAUACUUUCUACGAUUUGUGAAGAUAGUGAAAGGUCAGCUGAAAACGAAAUCAAACGCCUAUCACUUGAGUCAAUUGUUUUCUGUUUCUUCUACAAAGUUCCUCCGCGUAAAUGUGAACAAACUGAAAGUUACUGCUCGCAAGAAGAAAUCGAAGAGUUUGUUUUUCUCUUGUAUCUGCUAGUACGAUCUUAUCUUGCACUUAAUUGUGGUGCACAUGAUUCAAUGUCAAAGCUUUCAAUACUAAACCCGCAUGAAAUGGACCACGCAGGGCACCAGCUACCACUGCCAGAUCGAGAAACUCUGCUAACUAUAAAUGAACAGUUAUCCUUACUGGAAGACCGACUCAUUGGCUAUGUUGGUCAUACAAAGCUCGAAAGUCCAACAAAAAUGUAUUUGGCCUUGUUGUCCCGAUUACUGAACGAUGCAUGUGAAUCUAAUGGAGCGUCGGCCAUCCGGCAAGGCACUUAGCUUAAUUCUAACUCUUGCUGUGCUUCCCAGCUUUUAGAACGCAUGCGAACAUUUUUAGGAUUUAAACCCAUGCAAUAUGAUCUAAUUAUGAAUAGUGUAUACGUUUCCAGAAAAACCAUUUCUUUAAAAAUGUUGUGACUAAGGCCAGAUUUAUGAUACUUUGUUUCAAAACUAUUUGAGAUUCUGAUGACAGAGUUAAAAAGUUUUAGACUUCGACAAAUAUGCAUAUGUAGAAAAUGUUAGAUAAAUAGACAUACAUGAACAAGCGCAAUUUAACAUAUCAUGAGUACAAUGAGGAACCCCCUAGGGCUUAUUUCGCAGAAAUAUUUUGAUAUAGGUCUUUUCGGGGAGGCUUCAUUUGAAGGUGAGGGCUUUUUUAGCAACAGCCAAAAAUAUUACCAGGGCAAAUGCUGUUGAUCUAUUUGAUCCUAGUCAGUUUAUUAAAAAUGCAGAUACUUUGGGAUGUACCUAUUGCUGUAUCUCAGCCACUUGGGCUUAUGCGAGAGAGAGAGAGAGAGAGAGAGAGAGAGAGAGAGAGAGAGAGAGAGAGAGAGAGAGAGAGAGAGAGAGAGAGAGGUGGGGGGUGGGGGUGUAUUAUUCGAUCCCUUGCGGUAUCCCAAAGAGUAGCUAUGAUUCGCAGUUUUAAACUGUCUAGAAAGUUUACAUUUAUGCAUUUUUCAAUACAUAUAUAUGAAUCUUUUGUGGUACUUUGUUGUUACAGGGGCUGCACCUUGAACUUUGCAGUGAGGGGGGGGGGGGCAAAAGAGUAGAGAAAGU